AUGGAGGGUCAUCGUGGCUGCUGGUCCUGUUUAUGGCCAUGGAAGUUGAACCCGAGCGGCCAGGUUGGUGGCAUCUCCAGGGGCCAGGUGUCCCGGCUUCUAGAGUACGGCGCUGUGAUCACUUUCGAGACCUCGGAAGGAAGGAAAGAAGGGUGGCUACACCCAAGCCACCUGUCAGCUUCAAGGAAUGGGCCAUGCUUUGUGAAGAUUGUAGGUCCUUCGGGGGCGAUGCUCAAACUGGCUGUCCACUUGGAAGAGAGUGCCAAGGCAAGCCCUACAACGCCGACAUCGACUAGGCCCUCGAGCGCAAGGGCCACACCGUCUCCAAGCGACACUGCGGAGGAGAGUGAUGAGCAGCCAAUGAGGCCGCCCCCACCGCUUCCACAGCCGAAGGACCCCUUUGAUGAUGUUGAGUUCGGGGAGUUUGUGCAGGCUGCGCCGCAGUGUUCUGCGCCUGUUCGGCAGCUCUCGGCAGCGCCGCAACUCCUGGAGGUUUCGGCGCAGAAAUACCGGGACGAGGCAGGCAACUCUGCGCUCCAGCUGACACUGUUCCCUGGGCUUUUGCAGAGGCUGUCGCCAUAUCUCCAGGUGCAGGGCUACACGCAGCUCCGCGCCACCGGCAGCAGCGUUGGGAGCGUUUUGCACAAGAAGGCUUUGAUCUCGCACCUCCUGUGUUUGAUGCAGCCGGAGAGGCCAGACGUGUUCGCCGCCGCCGGCGAGUGGUGCAAAGAAACCAACCGCAGCGAGCGGUUCUGGGACGACCUUGGCUGGAAAGGUUCGACCCUGAAAGCAGGCAAGGAAGGUAUUUGGGCCUUCUUCCGGGCCUUGAAGAAGUGGCGAAAGAUGGAACCUACCAUCAUGCUGCCAGUCGCCAAGAACCUGAAGUCGCAUUGCUGUCAUCCAGAACCGGAAAUUGCAAAUAAUGCCCAGCGCAUCAUGGCUGUUUGUGCCGGCUGCUUGUUUUCGAUUCGGGGCCAGGGUCCCGCAGUUAAAUCAAUUCGACACCUCUUUGCUCGGGACAUGAUCUACUGGUUGCAGCACGCAGAUGACGACGACCGUGCAGACAUAUGUGGCGAAUUAUCCAGAUGCGGGCCACACUUGUUGGGAAGGUUCAACAAAGCCUGCGCCGCGGAGUUAGUGGAAGCCUGCAAGCCUGGGAACGGGGAUGUUUGCCGCAGCAAUGCAAGGAAGGCGCUCACUGUCUUCGUCGAGAAUGAUGCGGCGCUGCACCCUUUUGUGUGGCCACUUAUCGAAGAGCUCAGGUGGGCAUUACCCCCAGAUGAGAAGCGUGAAAUUCACCGCAUGCGAGCACGCAUCUUGUUGACUGGGGCUUGCCAGUCAGCGUCCGACGCUUGGCAUGCUGGGCUUGCUGCAAAAAAGAUGGUAAGCAAGGCUUUGCAAGAUUGCUUUCAGGCGUGUCCGAGCUGCACAUAA